AUGCCUUUUGGACAAGUUGUUGUGGGACCUCCAGGGUCUGGAAAAACCACCUAUUGUUUAGGUUGUAUUUUUAAUGUUCAAAUUUAUUAUCUUUAUAAAAUGAUAUUUAAGAUUAACUAAAUUCAAUGUACAAUGUUAAAAAAAUGUAGUGUGAUACAUGGGGGUCUUGCUGUGAUCAUAAAACACAGUGCUAUUACUCCUUUCAUCUCACCCCCACACUGCAACACCAAAAGUUAAACCUGAGUUAACAAUGACAUCCAACAAGAUAAAAAUGUUCUUCUAACUUUCUGUAAAUGUAAUAGACAUUGAAACUUAUUGAACAGAUGUUUCUUGCGCAAAUGUUAGGAAAAUGGGAUUGUAAAAACGUUUCAUCAUUAAACAAAGAUCAUUUAAAAAGUUUGCUUUGCAGUGUGACAUUGAAUUUAAAAAAAACAAAAUUUUUCAUGUAAAUCCUGUAUAAAAUUUAAUAUCUAGCAAUAUUGGGGUGCAGCUGAAAAUUUGACAAAACAUGCAUUUAAGUUAAGCACUUUAUAAGAAUCCCAAUUAGUGCUCCCCACCCCCCUCAAGGCUUGCAACUACAUAUUUUUUUCACGCCCCUGAACUAAAUUAAUAUUCUAAUGUCCAACACAGCUUUUACAUAAGUUUUAUUUCACCAAAUGUAUCUGUAAAACAGUCAUUCUCAACCUUUCUAAAGCCACGACCCUUUAACACAGUUCCUCAAGUUGUGGUGACCCCCAAACACAAAUUUAUUUCGUUGCUACUUCAUAAAUAUGUCUUAGGCAACCCCUGUGUAAGGGUCUUUUGAAACCCUAAAGGGAUCGCUACCCACAGGUGGAGAACCGCUGAUCUAGGCUAACCAUAUAAUACUUUAAAAAAACAAUUCGAUUUAAAAACUUUCAAAUUUAAAAAAAAAGGAUAAUAGGCCUUUUCACUUAUUUUACAGAAAUCUAAUCAAUUUAAAAAUCUGAACUUUAUCAAAUGUCUAUUUAUUUGCUGAAGUUGUAUAUGCACAAUGCGUAACACAGUGGUCCUCAACCUUUCUAAUCCCCCGACCCUUUAAUACAGUUUGUCGUGUCUUGGCGACCCCCAGCCACACAAUUAUUUUCGUUGCUACUUCAUAAUUGUAAGUAUAUGUGUUUUCAGAUGGUCUUAGGUGACCCACAGGUUGAGAACUGCUGCCAUAAAACAAAAGAUAAUUUUAAGCACCAAGCGGAUUUGCGAUAUUUUAAAGAAUCUCAUAAAGAACAAUUGUCAGUAAUUUUAUUUUGUGAAAUCCCUGGCAUCUGGUAGCGUUAAAACUGAUUUUUGGGGGUUGCGGGUAGGGCUGAAAAUUUGAUAGAAUGGGUUCUCAUCAGCAAAGAGUCUAUGUGCCAAGUUUCAGCUCGAUAAAUUGACAUGAAGUGGGUCAGUUAGCCUUCUGAAUAUUUUGCCACAAAGCCAACAAGAAACACAAACAAAAGUGAAGGUUUUAAAAAAUAGUUUCCAUUUGUAGUUUACUUCUUUACGUAAUAGUAUAAUUUUACUUAAGAUGAAGCAUUUGUUCGCACAACUUUAUUUCUUCUAGAUAAAGACUGCCACUGACAAUAGUAAGAGGAAUCUAGAUUUUACUCUACAUGAAUAUUUUCAAACUAUCAUUUUAUAGCUUUAUCCUAACCCACACUGUUACGCACUGACUUGUAUUGGGAGAAAUUAAUCUCCUAUUUUAAUUGGCUCGUUGUAAACAGUGCCUAACAAAGGACGAUGCCAUAAGAGUCAACAAAAUUAAAGAUACGACACCCAAAACAGUUGCCAGUUACAAUUAAUAAGAUUUAUUAAGUCUUAUUAUAAUUACAAAAGAAAAUAAAAUAUAAUGACAAUCUUCAACUUACAGUAUGGUAGAUCUUGUACCGGUACAAAGGUAACACAGUUCGUAUAAUGUGCCAAUGAAUAAUGAUUAAAUGCCAAAUAAACACAUAUAAGUAUGAGCACACAAAUACACAAAGAAUAAUACACAAGGAAUAAUACACGCCUCAUAAAGUUAACAAUAUCUAACUGAAUCUCCUUCCUUCCGAGCCUGUCAAUCCCUUAUAUAGGUGGGUCUACAGAUGCCUAAGCCCUGCCUUCGAGAAGCUACCCAGCAUUUCUAGAACAAUCACAAUCAUUCUACAAAAUACUAUUUAGAACAGAUUAAUUAUUUUUAGUGGCUGUCGGCAUCAACACGACAGAUCAAAAGACUAAGCCACACCUAUCUGUGAACACAGCGUCUCAUGCUGGGUCAAUCAGAGUGCACGCACGAGAAAAAUUAUGUAAACAAGCUCUUUAUAACACACACAUUAUAUUUAAUUCUAAAGACUUCAUCAUGGCCAUGUGCAUCACAUCCUCAUUUGGAUCCAUAAAACUGCACUUGUAUGAUGCACAACCACAAAUUGCUCUGGUUAAUUCCAUUAGCCAAAUUUGAAGGACUUCAAAGAAUCCCAAUUAGUGCUCCCCACCCCCCUCAAGGCUUGCAACUACAUAUAUAGCCAUAGUAUUAGCAACUUCUUUGUUAGUGUAACAUUUUCAGAUCUAUUUAAUAUUAUUAACAUUAUUUUGAUUUCUCAACAUUUCAGGGAUGUCUCAGUUUUUGAAAUCUUUGGGGAGAGACGUUGCUGUAAUCAACAUGGAUCCAGCCAAUGAUUCUUUGCCAUAUCCUUGUGCUGUUGAUAUCUCUGAGCUCAUAUCUCUUGAGGAUGUCAUGACACACUUACGACUAGGUCCCAAUGGUGGUCUGGUAUAUUGCAUGGAAUUCCUUGAGAAAAAUUUUGACUGGCUAAAAGAAAAGUUGGACGCAAUUAAAGACAAGUACCUCUUGUUUGACUUCCCUGGACAGGUACAAAAUUUAGAUCAAGAAACCCUGUUUAUGUACAACCAACAAGUUUUAUAGUGAGGGUUAAAUUUGCCUUGCUUACUAAAAUCAAUUAUUUUGUUCUGCACUUAGUUUCAUGCUGUUCAUGUUAACUCCACAGGUUGAACUUUAUACACAUCACAAUUCCGUAAAAACUCUACUCGAACAACUCACUACAUGGGACUUUCGUUUAACAGCUGUUCACUUAGUCGAUUCCCAUUACUGUACAGACCCUGGGAAGUUUGUAGCUGUUUUACUCACUUCCCUCAACACUAUGUUACAGGUAUUGUGUUUAAAAAUAGUGUAAUGUUAAUUAUUGUUUUGUCAACUUUAAAUCCAAAAGUUUGUACCUUAGUGUCUUAAUUCCUACCAUAAACGCUUGAAACCAGAUAAAACAUCAAUGUGCCCCCUCUGGAGACAUCCAAAUGAGACAGUAACACAUCGCCUCUUCCACUGACCAGCACUUAUGGGCUUAUGCCUAAACUGCCUACAAAAAACACCAGACUACACCCAGGGCCGGCCUUAGGCCACUGCAAACUAUGCGGCCACAGUGGGCCCCGCACUUUUUUUUCUGAUACAAAAUCUUAAUUUUAACUUAUUAUCCUUAUCCCUACCCAGACUGGGCCCAGCGCAAUCCGUUUCGCAUAAGGCCCCGCAAUUGUUAGGGCCGGCCCUGACUACACCAACACCCUAUAUAGAAACAAAGAAUAGCUGUGUUGAAGAAGGGCUAAAUUCUUCACUAUGGCUGCAGGCUGAAGGGCACUUGCCCAAAUCGCCACUGGCUCUGAAUGAUGAGGAUGAUUUGUCUUAGUUUAAAAAAACACUUAAAGUGUUUGACAUAUAAUUAUUAUGUAUUACUUUUACUUUAGACAAACCAUUUUAAUUUAUUUUAUGAAAUUAAUUAGCAAAAAUGAAAAUUCUAAUAAGACAGAAAUAGAUUUUAUUAAUGUAAAUAACAAUAGUUCUUUUAUUGAUCUUUUAUUGAAGCAACUGUAUCAAGUGUAUUUCCUUUUAUAGUUGAGCCUCCCCCAUGUGAAUGUGUUAUCCAAAGUUGAUUUGAUAGAAAAGCAGGGCAGACUAGCUUUUAAUCCUGACUUUUACACUGAUGUCUUAGACCUAGGAUAUUUGCUAAAUCUGCUGCAGGUAAGGUUAUAUUAGUUUAGCAAUAAAUGCAAUGAGCCAGAUUUGUUCAUACCUUUCCAUAAUAAAUUUUGUAUUUGUUAGAGAUGGAGCUUGCAGUUGCAGUAGAGUUAAAGUUCCUUGUAGAAUUACAUCAAAUGUGACUAAGUUAUUAAUUCAAAUACAUUCAUUGCUUACGGUUUUUUUUCCAUUAAAUCAACUCAUAGUUAUAUUUAUUAUUUAUUGUCACUGUAUCUAAUCUGGUUAAAUAUGAUUCUUUACAGACAAAAAUAGCAUCGAAUAUUUGACAUUGAAAAUUUUUUUUUUAAAUUUUUAAAUUGACAGAUUUUGAUGUUAAUUAUAACUCAUGUUUUUUUUUUCUUUGUUAGGAUGAUCCACUGUUACAGAAAUACAAAAAGCUAAAUGAAGCUUUGGUUGGGAUUGUUGAGGACUAUAGUCUUGUCAGUUUUAUACCCUUGAGUGUAGAGGUAAUUUUUUAGCCUUUGUCGAAAUGUAUAUUUUCAUUAUUUAUCAGUUAAAAAGUUGUUUGUUUAUUUAUUUAUUAGAAUGUACUUUUUUUCUAUUUUUUUUUUUUUUUUUAAUAUUUAACACCAAAUGAGAAAGAGUGAGCUGGGAAACAAAUACUAUGUUGGCAAAUUUAUUUCAGGACAAAGAAAGCAUGCUAAGAGUUUUGAAAUGUGUUGACAAGUGCAAUGGCUAUGUGUUUGGAUCAAUGGAGGACAGGAGUCUAGAAUCACUGAUGUCUUGUGCUGUUGGAGCUGAGUUUGAAUAUGAGAAAAUCAAAGAUGUUAGAGAAAAAUACAUGGAGAUGGAUGAUGUGAGUGAAAUUGGUUGAGUUUGGUGUUUUGAUGUUUGUUUAAUGUUCACAAAUGAUUUGGUGGAAAUUUGUACGAUUUUUAGUUGACAUGUUAUUAAAAUGCUGAUGCAGGAUGUUGCCAAGUUUUAAUUGUUACUGAAAUGUUUGUAUGUUUUCAAAGAAUCAUACAUAAUUUUGUUUAUCUAUAUUUUGUCCUAAUUGUUGUAGUAACUGAAAGCUGCUGUUAUGUGUGAUUAUUUCCAAUUAUCUGAAAACAGUUUUGAAUAACCCAAGAAUCAAUGUAACUUUGGGAGUGUAGAGUCUUGUGUUCACUUUGUGGGCAAGCAUUCACAAAUUAUAGCAAGAUAAUUGGUUGUUACAAAGUUCAGCCAAACAUAUUUGAACAUCUUAUUACUUUGAGGUUGAUAUGGCUGCUACUUGUACUUUAUGUACAGUGUUUAUGGUAUGGUUAUUUUGUUUGACUUACGAUUGACUCUCCUAAAUCCUGGCUUGUAUAUAUAGAUGUAAAUAGCAACUCUCAGUGUUUGGCCUAUGAUUGAGUCCAUUGAAUCCUCAUAUGUAUACAUUAUAUAGAUGUAAAUAGCAACAUCACACCGUAAUCACAUUGGAUCUACAGACUGCUGAAAAUUUUUUUAAAAUGUAUUUUAAAAUUGAUUCCUUAACUUGUAAAACCUUGAAAUUUUAAUAAAAUUGACUUA